UUGAGAUUGAGUAGAUACCAUUUUACAAUCUCUGCUUAUUAAUUUCCUCCCUUGGAGGAGGAGGAUUAGCGUUAUCGAUGAGGAUGUGAUAUAAGGAGGUGGGUAAGCUCACGCCACUCCAGUUUACAGUCCGGCAGAAUGUUCUUGUGUUUAGGGUUGGUGUUCGUGCUUCAGUGCCUGGCGCAGAUCCGAUGCGAGAGACCCAACAUUGUUAUCGUAUUAGCAGACGACAUGGGGUGGAACGAUGUCGGCUUCCACAGUGGCGAUAUGGAUACUCCCAACAUCGACGCCCUGGCCUACAACGGAGUCAUCCUCACCAGACACUAUUCUCAACCAGUCUGUACUCCCUCUAGGGCAGCUCUACUCACAGGGGAUUAUCCAUUUAGGAAUGGAAUGCAGGGUAGACCAUGCAGAGCAGGUUUACCAGAUGGACUUAGAACAGGUGUUAAACUGAUGCCAGAGUAUUUUUCUUCCUUGGGCUACAAAUCACAUCUGAUAGGAAAAUGGCACCUUGGUUACCAGACUCCAAAUCAUCUCCCAACAAGAAGAGGAUUUAAUUCAUUCUUUGGCUAUCUGAAUGGAUUUCUUGGUUAUUGGGAUGGAACACAUUAUGAUGGGGAUAAUGUUGGGAGGGACAUAAGAAGGAAUGAAGAAGAAGCUUGGAGACCAACAUACGGCAAAUACCUUACGCACUUGCUAACAGAGGAAGCGAUCAACGUAAUCGAUAACCAUGAAGGAACCGAAGGGCUUUUAAUGAUAGUUGCUGAAGCUGCUAUCCAUGCGACCAACCUCGAUAUUGGAAGGGAGGCACCAUACGACGUGAAGAACACAACAAAGAGGGGGUAUCUAAGAGGCGACCAUCUGUCAUUAGCUGUUGUUGGUGAACUGGACUGGUCCAUUGGACAAAUAGUAUUGGCACUAGAAAAGAAAAACAUUUUGAACAAUACUAUCAUCGUUUUUAUUUCUGACAACGGAGCUCCUAGCUCAUCACCAAAUUUCUGCAACAGUGGUUCCAACUGGCCGCUGAGAGGGGAGAAGUUAUCAGUCCAUGAAGGGGGAGUAAGAACGAUCGCAGCAGUAUGGAGUCCUCUUUUUGAAGAGCCAUCCCGCUUAUCCGACCAGCUCUUCCAUAUCACUGACUGGUUACCGACACUUUACGCGGCUGCUGGUGGUGACCCAAAAGACUUAGAAAUACAUGAUGGAAUAAACCAAUGGCCUUCUUUGGCACAAACCCAAUCAGGAACACGAGAUACAGUCGUAGUUGACAUAGAUGAUGUUAGCAACUGUGAAGCUAUAAUUAAAGGAAAUUGGAAAAUGGUCAAAAAUCAUGAAUUCUCAAAUGAAAGAAAAUUUAGUGACAAAUACUAUGGUGAGAACGGUCGCUGGUUGCGCUACAAUGAUACAAAUUUAAAGAGUAGCAUUGUUGCCAAAGUACUAGGUGGUGUUCCAAGUAACUACUGCCAACUGAGGAAUGCUUCAACCAUAUUUUCUUUCUGUCCUGAUGAAGCUAAUUCAAUGGCAGAGGAUUGUCACUCCCAGUAUUGCCUAUACGAUAUCUACCACGAUCCUACGGAAUGUUACAAUAUAGCUCAACACCAUACCGAUAUAGUCGAGAAUUUGAAGGCUCUUCUUGAUGACUAUAGGAAACAUCUUGUGCCAAAUACACAUAAGAACUAUGACCCAAGAUCAGAUCCAAAAUAUUGGAAUGAUUAUUGGUCUCCUUGGCUAAAUGAAACAACUGACGAAUAAAAAUGUAUCUGUUUAAUCAAAAAUCAGUCUUUCAUUAUUAUACUAUAGUCUAUGUAAUUACUAUAUGUAGAAAAAUAAAAUAUAUUCAAUCUUUAUUUAAGAAAAGUAUAAAUAAGAUUACUAUAAAACAAUUUAUUUCGAAUCAGUAUUAUUUUAAUCUCAAUAUGUUCAUGAGUUCAAUCAAUCUGAAUGAAAAUAGAACAUUAUAAACAUUCAUUAUCAUAUUAAAGUAUGUUCAAUAGAAAUGUUGAAUCCAACAAUUCAUUAUUUUCGAGGAGAACACAUUUGAAAAGACAUUUUAGAAAACGUUGUUAGAUGUUGUUGUCCAUUUUCACAUCGGAGAUCUACAAAGGAGAUAUUGAAAUAUGAAAAUUACAGAGUAAUUAUUUUACAAAAUUAUCACAUUUUAAAUCUAAAAGGAUGGUAAUCUGAAAAUACACUUUUAGUUUCAUUCCCUCUAUUAAAUAAUACCAACUAUGUAUAGAAAUUUUUUUAAGUAAGAAAACCAAAAUAUAUUAAUUUAAUAAACAUUAAGAGAAUGUACAAAUAUAUUUAUAUUUAUUAUAUUAAUGAAUAAAUGGUUAUUGUUCUUGUGUUUUUUAAAAAUUAAUUUAUAGAAAUUACCAUUUAUGUAAAUUAAAUUGUAAUAAAAAUAUGAGAAACGAGUGUAGAAAUUUUAAUGAUGAGAGAAUGACCAUGUUAUGGUAAAUAUUUUGAAAUAAAGAAUAAUUUUAAGUGGCUGAAGUUCAAAAAUGUUGGAUGCCAAUAAGGUGAUGUAAGUUGAGUAAUUAAUGUUCAAUUAAUUAGAAAAAUAUGGAUUUUUACUGAAAAAUCCUUCGAAGAAGCAUAUUUCAACAACAGUUUGAGAUAGAAAGGUGGAUUUAUUUUAUUUUUUUGUUUUUCAACCUUUGUCAAUACAGUAAUGUAUUAAUAUUAGUAUUUUUACUAAUAAAACAAAGCAAGAAGAUCAGUUUAUUGUUCUUUGUUUUUGCAAUAAGAAUAUUUAUAAUAUUCUUUACAUACCAUCAAACAAACUAGGAAGUACAAAUUAUUUUUGAAGUCCUAACAUGUUUAUUUAUCUAUUUAUGCUAUAAUUAUAUACGUUUAUAUUUUUCUCUAACUUUCAGAAUUAAGAAAAACAUAGGCGUUGAUGAUCUUUGGGUUUUAUGGUUCUAAGCCAAAACAAAAAAAUAUAGUGUAGAGUAAGGUCACCAACCAACAGUUAGGAUUUAGUAAUUAAGUACCCAUAAGCCCACUUUUCGUAUUAUAUUUCUCCCCUUCCUUUCUCUUCCUCCCUCCUAUUAACAAUACCAGUGGAAAAAAAAACAAUAAUGAUUAAUUAAAUUAUAUUUUUGUUUUAUGAAUGGUUAAUUAUCAAAUUUAAGGACCCAUUUUUUCAUCCCCACAAUACAGAUGCAAAUAAAAAUUGUCUUAAUCAAUAUUAAAAACUAUUAUUUCAUAAAAAACAACAUAUAUUUGUAAUUUUUUGGCUCCUUUGACCAUUAUCAAAUAUUUCUUCAUGCAUAUUAUAACUAACUGUUCAUUGUAAUUAUUCAUAGGGGAUUAAAUGUCUCAGAAUAAAAUUUACUUUUCUUCUUAUUUUCAACAUUCUAAAUUUUUGUGAAACUAUUUGUCACUAUGUUAUCAUUUAGAAAAAAAUAUCUUGAUUGACGAAAAGAAAAAUGAUUGCCUAAAUGUAAGGAUUUUGACAAAUGGUUUAACAACAAUUUAGACAGGUAGUAAUAAUAUCUACAAAGAAAUGUUUGGAAAUGGUCUGAAGAACCUAAACAACACAAAUAUAAGUGAUAUAACUAAAUAAAAAUUUCAAAUAUUGAUAAUGAAAAUUUUUAUUUAUAAAUUUUUGGAAUGAAAAAAUUAAUCCAAAAAAAUGUUAAUUAGCCGUUCAUAAAUUAGCAUUAUUGAUUCCCAUCUUUAUAUACUGUACAAUGUAUAUAUAAAAACAUGAGUAACGAAUUUAAAGGU